GUGGAAGCGCUGAGGUCGCCAACAGCGAUAUAUAAAGUACAAUUUCGAAAGAGGAAAAAAUCGAUAUUUAUAUUUAUUUUUUGUUCGUUACGCCGAGGAAAUUUGCCGGAGAACCAGCGAAAACCGCCGGGUGGCGUGGGAUUGUAUUGAAGCACAUCACUAAGAUUUUUCGACUCGGAUUUAGUUGAAGAAACGGAUUUGCAAUGGACACGUCCUGAAGCUUUACAGAAGGACUGUACAUUUGGCUGUCCUGUUACAUGGACACAUAUAGAAGCCAAAUCUCUAUGCAACACUUACAGCUGAUUGCAUAAUGGACUAUUUUGGUGACCCCAACAUUUUCGAGGAUUGUUUUACCUCAGUCCAUGUUUCUUUGGCGGAUGAGCUGGACCUUGGCUCAGGGUUUGGCACACUGCAACUUAAUGCAGUGGAAGCCGAGAAACACCCUGGAAUAGAGGCAAGUACUUUGCCAUCUGCUAACCAGCAUGGGGUAGACUACCAUCAACGAAUAGGGCAGUUUGAUGGGAUGAAAGUCCAGACGUCCAUGGCACAGUCCUUUCCUAGCCAAGGAGGAGACGGCAGUGUCGGUGGCGUUUUCAUCAACGAGCAGUCUCAUUUUCAAGACCCAACCAUGAAUCAAGCACCUCAGACCAAUGGACUGUAUCCCAACAGCAGUCCCAUAUGGGGGGAACAGAGAGCCAAUGCCUACCACCAUCAGCAGCUGCAGCAUCAGCAUCAGCAGCUUCAACAGCAUCAGCAGCUGCAGCAGCAGCGGCAUAAACAACAUAUGUGUCAGCAGCCUUUUCCGGAACAAUUUCAGCAUCGUCAAGGCCAACAACGUCAUCAACAUCAGUUCAAUCAUCAACAUUCACACCUUCAGCAGGGUCAGCAAGUUUUGAGACAGCAUCUGCUGUCAGCUCAGCAUCCGAUGCCCCACCAACAAAUUAACCCCCAGAUUUUACAUCGACAUGCAAAGAGCUACCCGGACCAUACCAACGUCUACUACCAAGAAAAUGUUGCAUCCCACCAAGGCCACCACAGUGCGAUUAAUUCAGAGCGAAGCCCUUUUCAUCCAGGAGUUGAUCCACAGGCUAAGUCUUACCUCGAAGUACAUCUGAUUGCCGCAACAUCUCAGCAACAAAGUGGAUUUGAGAUGGCUCAAACGGUACAAGGGUUCCCUGGUGUUCCUGACACUGAGGACAAUAAUCUAGGGUACCAUGUACAGUCUUCCCCUGCAGCCUAUGCCAUGUCUUCCUGUUCAGCUAAUAUUGCAUCUUCCUAUCCCUCUUCUCAGUAUUCCUUCCCUGGUCAACCUUCUCCUGUCGUAACUUCAUCACAGCAUCACAGCAACAUCCCACCUGCUACUCGUAAUUCCAGCUGCUUAUACAUGGCAGAUCCAAUAAUGGAACAACAACCAAAGGGGAGUCAAAUCCAGGUUCCUGGAAAUCAUCCUCAGGAGUGUCCUUUUCGUGCUCUACCUUCUAAACAAGUCCAGGAUGCUUAUGGUGCUUCUGAGGUGUUCUCUGAAGGCCUAGGUCCUUUCUCUACAUCAAACGGUCCUUUCUCUCAUGAGAUAGAUGAUGACCACAGUGUCAGUGGAAGUGGGUUUCAGGGUCUGGAUGAAGUCGCGUUGUUGGAUCAUCAGGGAGGCAUUGGGGCGAUAGGAGCAGGACAUAAUAUUCUGGAAGAAGACCUGCUGCCUGAGCUGGAAGCUUUUGUUCAGCAGGACACAUCCAGCUGGAACAAUACAAGACAUAAUGAAGUACGUCGAGAGAACAUGGUAAAUGAUUCGGAAGGUGUGGAUUUUACGGAUUCACUAACUUUGCGUUUUAAGGCCCAGCCUCCGAAAAACACUAAUGGUUCGAGCAGCCAGUCCCGGUUGCUCAGCCCGCCGAUGAAAAGCAGCUCCUCCUCUUCUUCCUCCUCGUCCUCGUCUUCCUCGUCUUCGUCCUCGCACUCGUCCUCCUCGGAGAAGCGUAUCCCCAAGCGGCCACAGCAGAUGGAGUCGUUUUCGCUGGAAGACAAACAGCAGAAGGCCAACCGCAUCAUUUCUGAGGCCAUCGCCAGGGCACGCGAGCGGGGCGAGAAGAACAUCCCGCGCGUAAUGAGCCCCGAGAGUUUCCCCAGCUCCUCCGAGCUGCACAAGCACAGAGCGGGAUCUUCUAAAUCCAGAACAAAGAAAGGUUGUAAAAGUGCUCGCAUCAUUAAACCUUCCAGAGAAAAGCAGAAGAGUCUGAUCAAUAAAAUAGUCAUAAAGAUCGGAAAGAAGAAGAAACGCAAGACAGAAUCUUCAGAUGAUCUCUCGGAUGACGAGCCGCCGCCUCGACGACCCUCUAAAGAUGAUGAUUCGAAGCGUCGGUCAAACAGACAGAUAAAGAGGAAGAAGUAUGCUGAGGAGCAGGAGGCCAGGAUGUCUGAUGAGGAAACUAAAGUCAUCGCCAAAGCCAAGAAGAUCAAUGCGAACACUCAGAAACAGCCUGCUGUACAGCUGUUUGUGGAGAAUCCCAGCGAGGAGGACGGAGCUGUGGUAGAUAAAAUCAUGGCCUCUCGUGUAGUAAAGAAGGAGGUGUCUCCUGGAGUUGUGGUUGAAGUGGAAGAGUUUUUUGUAAAAUACAAAAACUACUCUUACCUGCAUUGCGAGUGGGCUACAGAGCAACAUUUGGAGAAGGACAAGAGGAUCCAGCAGAAAAUCAAGCGCUUCAAGAUUAAACAGGCACAGAGAGCACACUUCUUCGCCAAUAUGGAGGAGGAUCCAUUUAAUCCUGAUUAUGUAGAAGUGGACAGAGUCCUGGAGGUGUCUUAUUGUAAGGACAAGGACACUGGAGAGCCGGUGGUGUAUUACCUGGUGAAGUGGUGUUCUUUGCCGUAUGAAGACAGCACGUGGGAGCUAAAGGAAGAUGUUGAUCAGAGUAAGAUUGUGGAGUUUGAACAGCUGCAGGCAGCGAAACCAGACUCCAGAAGAAUUGAGCGCCCUCCAGCGAGUCACUGGAAGAAGUUGGAGCAGUCGAGGGAUUAUCGGAAUGGAAACAGUCUCAGGGAAUACCAGCUUGAGGGCGUCAACUGGCUGCUUUUCAACUGGUACAACAGACGUAACUGUAUCUUGGCUGAUGAGAUGGGUUUGGGGAAAACCAUCCAGUCCAUCACUUUUCUGGACGAGAUUCAAUCUACUGGGAUCAAAAGGCCAUUCCUGAUCAUCGCCCCACUCUCCACUAUUGCUAACUGGGAGCGCGAGUUCCGCACGUGGACCCACCUCAACAUCAUCGUCUAUCACGGCAGCGCGCUCAGCCGGCAGAUGCUCCAGCAGUACGAGAUGUACUUCCGAGAUGCUCAGGGCCGUGUGAUUAAAGGCGCAUACAAGUUUCAGGCAGUUAUCACCACAUUUGAGAUGAUUUUAGGAGGCUGUCCAGAGCUCAACGCCAUCGAUUGGCGGUGUGUGAUUAUCGAUGAAGCUCAUCGUCUGAAAAACAAGAACUGCAAACUGCUGGAGGGCUUCAGACUCAUGCGCCUGGAGCAUAAAGUGUUGUUAACUGGCACACCGCUGCAGAACACUGUGGAGGAGCUGUUUAGUCUGCUGCAUUUCUUAGAACCUGCACGAUUCCCCUCGGAGACUACCUUCAUGCAGGAGUUUGGAGACUUAAAGACUGAAGAACAGGUACAGAAGCUGCAGGCCAUACUAAAACCGAUGAUGCUUCGCCGCCUGAAGGAGGAUGUUGAAAAGAAGCUGGCUCCGAAAGAAGAGACCAUUAUUGAGGUGGAGCUCACGAACAUUCAGAAGAAAUACUACCGCGCCAUUUUGGAGAGGAACUUCUCUUUUCUGGCCAAAGGAGCCGGUCAAGCCAACGUCCCCAAUCUUGUCAACACCAUGAUGGAGCUGAGGAAAUGCUGCAACCACCCCUACCUCAUCAAAGGUGCAGAGGAGAAGAUUUUGGAGGAUUUUCGCGAGGUGUGCAGCCCCUCGGCUUCUGACUUCCACCUGCAGGCCAUGGUGCAGUCCGCGGGCAAACUCGUCCUCAUCGACAAGCUGCUUCCUAAAAUGAAGGCCGGCGGCCACAAAGUGCUCAUCUUUUCUCAGAUGGUGCGCUGCCUCGACAUCCUCGAAGACUACCUCAUCCAGAGACGAUACCUCUAUGAGCGGAUAGACGGGCGUGUGCGUGGAAACCUUCGCCAGGCUGCGAUAGACCGUUUCAGUAAGCCCGACUCGGACCGCUUCGUCUUCCUUUUGUGCACAAGAGCAGGAGGACUGGGCAUUAACCUCACUGCUGCAGAUACCUGCAUCAUCUUUGACUCUGACUGGAACCCUCAAAAUGACCUGCAGGCCCAGGCUCGAUGCCACAGAAUUGGCCAGAACAAGGCGGUGAAGGUGUACCGACUUAUUACACGCAAUUCGUAUGAGCGCGAGAUGUUUGACAGGGCCAGUCUCAAACUGGGAUUGGACAAAGCGGUGCUGCAGAGUAUGAGUGGUCGGGACAACAGUCUCGGAGGAGGAGGGACAAGCCAGCAGCAGCUUUCUAAGAAAGAGAUUGAGGACCUCUUGAGGCGUGGUGCAUACGGUGCGCUUAUGGAUGAGGAAGACGAGGGUGCCAAAUUCUGUGAGGAAGAUAUCGACCAGAUCCUGCAGCGCAGAACCAAAACUAUCACCAUUGAGUCAGAGGGACGGGGGUCCACCUUUGCCAAGGCCAGUUUUGUUGCCUCUGGGAAUCGCACAGACAUUUCAUUGGAUGAUCCAAACUUCUGGGAUAAAUGGGCAAAGAAGGCUGAGAUUGAUCUGGACACUGCCAAUGGCAGAAAUAGCUUGGUGAUUGACACACCGAGGGUAAGGAAACAGACCCGGCCGUUCAGUGCCACUAAAGAUGAACUAGCCGAACUGUCAGAAGGUGAAAGCAGCGGUGACGAUAAGCCCAAACUGCGGCGGCCGCACGACCGCCUCAAUAGUUAUGGCCGCACAGAGUGCUUCAGGGUAGAAAAGAACCUCUUAGUCUAUGGGUGGGGCCGCUGGAAGGACAUCCUGCAGCAUGGCCGCUUUAAAAAGCAGCUAACCGAGAGAGACGUAGAGUGGAUCUGUAGAGCGCUACUCGCCUACUGCUUAGUGCACUACAGAGGCGAUGACAAGAUCAAGAGUUUUAUGUGGGACUUGAUUGGUCCGACUGAGGACGGCAGAACCAAAGAACUUCAGAACCACUUAGGACUCUCCACGCCGGUUCCUCGUGGCCGGAAGGGGAAGAAGAUGAAGACUCAGUCUAGCGGGUUUGACAUUCAGAAAGCUGAGUGGCUCAGGAAGCACAACCCUGAACACAUGCUGUCUGAUGACGGAUACAAGAAGCAUCUUAAGCAUCACUGUAACAAGGUGUUGUUGAGAGUGAGAAUGCUAUACUACCUGAAACAGGAGCUUAUUGGUUCUCAGUGUCAGAAAGUGCUGGAUGGAGUUGAAUCAAGUGCGAUAGAAAUCUGGGUUCCUGAGCCGGAUAAUUCCGAGUUGCCUGUUAUGUGGUGGGACAUGCUUGCAGACAAGUGUCUGCUGAUAGGAGUUUACAAACAUGGUUAUGAGAAGUACAACACUAUACGUGCAGAUCCUGCUCUGUGCUUCCUAGAGCGGGUUGGCAGGCCGGAUGAGAAGGCCAUCGCUGCUGAACAGAGAGCAAAUGACUUUAUUGAUGGGGAUGGCGACGAUCCAGAAUACAAGCCUGCGCCCACUUUGCUUAAAGAUGAUAUGGAGGAUGAUGCUUCUUCUCCUGGUGAGCUGGUCAUAACAGACACAGGAGAAGGUGGCUCUAUGCUGGAUGGUGGGUGCAGUUCACUGGGAGUUGUCACUGGAGCAUACUGGCCAUCUUCAUCUGCCUUAACAGCUCGGCUGCGGCGCUUGAUCACCGCAUCACAGCGCUUCACCAAGAGUAGACAGAUCCUGCAGAUCCACCAGACGCAGCAGAUUAUCACCCCUGACAUUUGCGCUUUGCCUCCCAUGCUUACGGAUGCGAUCAAUCCCAAAAUGGCUGCCAAGAUCGAGCGACAACAAAGGUGGACCAGGAGAGAAGAGGCGGAUUUCUACCGCGUGGUGUCAACGUUCGGUGUCGUGUUUGAUCCGGAAAUGGGCCGCUUCGACUGGACCAAAUUCAGAGCCAUGGCUCGCCUGCACAAGAAGACAGACGAGAGUCUCCACAAAUACCUCUGUGCUUUUACUGCCAUGUGCAGGCGGGUCUGCCGCCUACCACCGAGGGAGGGCGACGUUGUGGAUCCGUCACUCUCCAUCCAGCCAAUCACCGAAGAGCGUGCUUCACGUACACUGUACAGAGUGGAACUGCUCCGGCAGAUUCGGGAACAGGUUCUGCGCCACCCUCAGCUCUUCGAGCGACUGUCACUGUGCCAGCCUGGCUCAGAUCUGCCUGUGUGGUGGGAGCCAGGCACUCAUGACCGAGACUUACUAAUCGGUGCGGCCAAGCACGGAGUGAGCCGGACAGACUACCACAUCCUCAGAGAUCCUGAGCUUAGCUUCAUGACAGCUCAGAGGAACUACAGCCAAAACAAGGGUGCACCCGCACAAAGCCAAGCCCCUAAUCAGGCUCUGCUGCUUGGACAGACACGCACCCCAACCCCAUUAGCGCAGAUCCAGACUCCUGGAGCUCCCCCUUCACCGCUUACUAACUCCACCCCUCGGGAGGUUACACCCAAGGAGGAGCUGCUUUUAGAUGGAGAGGAGGAGGCGGGGACAAAGAGCUGGCAAUCGCUAAGGCCUUCCACACCUACAGGAGAGGAGCUAAAAGAAGAAGAGAAAGAAGCAGAGAAUGAGAAAAGGAUGGAGGCUGCCCGAACGAAGCCACUUGUGCCCAACCCUGAACACCGGAAGCAGAAAAAACUAAGUAAAAGAAGUCGCAAGGAGGCAAGGAGGAAGUCCGGGUCAGAGACGGAUUCAGACGCGUCUUCCUCAAGCUCCUCAUCCAGCUCUUCAACAAGAUCUUCAUCUUCAUCGUCGUCUUCUUCAAGGUCAGGGUCUGGUUCCUCGUCCUCGUCGUCUUCCUGCUCUUCCGGCUCGUCAUCUUCGUCGUCUUCAUCCUCGUCUUCUGAGGACAGUGAUGGUGAAGCUGUUUCAAAGAACAAUGCAGUGGUGUCUGGUGUUAAAGGCUUUGACGAGGACAGCAUUGCAUCUCAUAGCACUACACACGACGACAUGCAAGACAGUCACGUGACCAACGGCAUCACUAGCCUCUCUCAUCCCUUCCUUGGUGGAGGCUACAUGCUCGCUGCUUCCUACUGGCCGAAGGACCGUGUAAUGAUAAACCGACUGGAUAGUAUUUGUCAGGCGGUAUUGAAGGGCAAGUGGCCUGUGUCUCGGCGUGUGUACGAGGGUAGUGCUGCAGUAUCCUCAUUUUAUACCACCAAGCUCAUGGACAGCGCAGCCAACUUGACUGAUGACCCUGCAGCCUCUCCUCAGGGUUCAAAGGUGAAGAAGCAUGAUGCAGACAGAGAAAAGGAGUUCUCAGUCAAAAUAAAUGACCAGGAAGGCAGUCUAAAACUGACAUUCCAGAAGCAGGGUUUGCAGUUAAAGCGUCCUCUUGAUGGUGAGGAGGGACCUCUGGCCCAGCAGCAGUACCUGGCUAGACUACAGGAACUGCAGAGUGCAUCUGAUAGCAGCCUGACUGACUACACCAAAACACAGAACAGUUAUCCCCAUGGUCUGAGUGGACAGAGCCGACUGAAUGGAAUGGUUGAUGGUCAGCCAUUGAUGAAGAAGAGGAGAGGAAGAAAAAAGAAUGUAGAAGGAGUAGAUCAUCUCUUUAUGAACAAGAACAGACCUACUGCGAUACCCGAUCAGGUUCCUCCUGGUUGGAGCGGGGUCUCAGCCCCUGUCUCGACGCCUGGAGCAUCGCAGGUUGCUGGGCCUGUGGACACAGAGAGCAGAGUCCCCGUCAUAAAUCUAAAAGACGGAACACGUCUCGCUGGGGAUGACGCUCCCAGGCGGAAAGAUCUAGAUCAGUGGCUGAAGGAGCACCCAGGCUUCGUGGCAGACGUUGGAGCUUUCAUCCCGGGGGUAAAUAAGGUACAGUUUCAGGACGGAAGACCGAAGCAGAAGAGGCAUCGCUGUAGAAAUCCCAACAAGAUUGACGUUAAUAGCCUCACAGGAGAAGAAAGAGUCCAAAUCAUCAAUAGGAGAAAUGCUCGCAAGAUUGGUGGUGCGUUUGCUCCUCCUUUAAAGGAUUUGUGCCGAUUCCUUCAGGAAAAUCCAGAAUAUGGAGUUCCCCCGGAGUGGGCGGAUGUCGUCAAACAGUCGGGCUACCUCCCAGAGAGCAUGUUUGACCGCAUCCUAACAGGUCCUAUCGUACCGGAAGAGGUGAGCAGACGUGGCAGACGGCCCAAAAGUGCUAUGGCGAAAGCCACUAGUACAGCUAACGCGAAUGCCAGUGCAGCUCUCGGUGUUAACCCCCUCCUGAGCAAUGGGCUUAUCUCCAGUCUGGACCUGAACAGCCUGCAGGCCCUGCAGAGCCUUCAGAGCUUUCAGCUGACCGCAGGACUCAUGGGCCUCCAGACAGAUCCUGCCAACAUGGCCGCCAUGCUUCCCAUGAUGCUCUCUGGCAUGGCUGGCUUGCCCAACUUACUCGGCAUGAACAGCCUGCUUGGAAAACAGGAAGCUGGCUCCGGUGAGGAUUCAGGAAAGAACAGCGGUGGGGAAACAACAGCUCAGACUUCAGAGAUUCACUCAGAGAGGACAGAAAGUCCCAGCUCAACUAGUGCUUCAUCCUCAGGCCAAGCGUUAGCCCUCAACCCCUUACUGCUCUCCAGCAUGCUUUACCCAGGGAUGCUUCUCAACCCAGGCCUUAAUUUACCUGUGACCAAUCAGCCACAAGCUACCAGUCCUCAACCCACCCCUCCUGCUCAGCCCACCCCCUCUGACGCUGCACAAAAAAGCUCAGGCCAAUUGGAGAAGGACGCAGAGGAUGAAGGAGAGGAACCAGACGAUCCGAAGGACAUCAGUGGUCCAGAGGGCUCGGGAAAGGCAGAGUCAUCUUCCUCAGAUGCAGAAAGCUCUUCAUCUUCGUCAUCAGAGGACUCUGAUUCCACUGACGAAGACUGAGCCUUUAUAUAUAUUAUAUAAAUAAAUAUAAAUACAUAUAUAUUUAUAUUACAUCUCCUAGAAAUGUACACAUUCAAACACGUAUAUAAGAGCACUUACAUAAUAAUUUAGGGAAUUUUUUUUUAUGUAAAUAUAAGAACGAAAGUGUUGUGUAAUAAAGAUGGGGGAAGGGAGGGGGAAAUAACGAGACUCCACAGAUACUGAAAUAAGAUUUCAGUGUUUGUUUAGGUACAGCGAUGUUUUGAAAGACAUUUUGCAUGUCCAGGAACUUUAGAAGAAUUUUUUUUUUUUUUGUGAACUUGUAUUGCACAGUGAUGUACAAUUUGAAGAAAUCAAAAAGAAAAUAAUUGGCAUUACUGUAUUAAUUAUAUUGGAAUUUAAUUUUAUUAAAGAAAAGAGAAAUCAAGGACGUUAUUGCUCAUGCCGAGCUGUAUAACUAAUAUAUUUUGUGUGGAAGAAACAGAACUUGACUAUUUUGGUUUUCUUUGGUAAAUAAUUUUGCAGGAUCAUGACAUCUGAAUUUCAGACAGUCCAGUACUUAUAACUUCAGCAAUAACACAGGCAGCUAACGAAUGUCACUGAAGCUGUAGAUACCGCCGUCACCCAGCUCCACUCUUCACUCUUCCUCCAUUCUUCCUGCCACUUUCUGCAUUAUCUUUGGCCAAUCUUUCAUUGGUGGUUUUGUGUCUUGUAAUAUAAAUUGUUUAUUGUUCUCCUUAUAUCCCAGGACUUACCACAAACUCUUUCCCUUUUUUUUUUUUUUUUUUUUAUAAAUGUGCUAGCAGACAUGUUGCUUUUCAUUAAAUACAACCAGAUACAUAAAAGCUAAGUAUGAAAUGGACCACGGUAUUAUCAGUAUACAUGUGAUGCAUGGUAGGUGUAAGGGUCGGCUAGGUGUGUGUGUGUGUGUUUGUGUGUGUUCUCAUCACAAGUCAUUCCGUAAUAAACUGGAAUUACACUUGCGAAAUCAAAUUUGUUUCUGAAAAGGAAUUGGGGACAAAAAACAAACAAACUUUCAGAGUUUGUGCUGCAUCAUGUAGCUACAGGGCUCAAACCUACAAUGCCUACCGUGUGUAUUUGUGUGUGUUGAAGCAACUAAUAGACUCUGUUUCUCCUUCAAAUCGGCUGGCUUCCUCUAGCACGUGUGUGUGUGUGUACAUGCAUUUCUUUAUUCUCGGUAAUUGUGGCAUGUGCUGCUUGUAUGUUGUUAUUCAUAACAACAAACUCCAUUAUUGUCCUCCAUCCUUGAUUUCCAGAGCUUCUAAAGUAUUGGUAUAUUGUUUGUUGAUAUAAAAAGCGAGUAAAGGUAUUUAAAAGUCUUUAAAGCUAAUAAUCAUGUUGAUGUGUGUAAACAUCUUGUUUUUCUUGUGCAUGGAUUAAACCUCAUGGGCAAAACUCGAAUCUAGAGUUUUGAGAAUUUAAAAUAAGGUGGUGUUAAUACGAUGAAAUGUGAGGUUGAGAAGCAGAUCAGAAAGGAGGUGGCAUUUGUGUGCAUGUAAAAAGGAUCAUCUGUGCUAAUUCAAGUCCUGAUCUCUGAUCAUGAGAAGUGGAUUUGUUUUGUUAAUGAAUCGUGUCGAAUUGCAUUCAGGACUGAGUGAGGAAACUGCUUCAGGUUGUCACAUUCGUAGCAGAAAACUCCAAGAAGGAGUUCCUUUUGCCAGUUUUUAUUCAUUGCUCAGUUACUUAUGUACGGUGAUUAUAUUUAUUAAGCAGUAUAGUAAACUCUAGGGUUGUACAUUUUCACCGAUUCCUGAAUAAACCUCAGCUUUGAAGCUACAACAUUUGAACUGAACAGUUUAAUAAACCCAGGCAUCACUGUUAUCUUUAUAUAUAUAUAUAUAUAUAUAUAUAUAUAUAUAUAUAUAUAUAUAUAUAUAUAUAUAUAUAUAUAUAUAUAUAUAAAUUAUAUUUUAUUCUUUACCGUACUUUUGAGUCUCAUUAGUGUAUCUGCAAGUGCUGACUGACUUUUUUAACUGCCCUUUUUUAGAAGUGCUCUUACACCGUACCUCUAAAUCUGCUCCUCUGACAGGAGGGCAGAAAAGCAUUCAUAUUUCCAUACUUUAAAUAGCAAUUUCACAUUUUCUUUUCUUUUUUUUUUCCCUCAGCAUCCUCUAUUUUUCAAAUAUUAGCUGUAUCAAAUGUCAUUUGCUGCUGAGUAACUUUAAAUAUUCACCCAUCACUUUACAAGUAAAGUAAUAAUUACACAUUAUAGUAAUAAUAAUUUUCUUUAUUUACCUCUGUGCAGAAGUGUGUUCAGCAUCGUCCUAUUGGAAAAAAAGAAGAACUCCCACUUAUUCCAUUGAAAUAUUUAAAGUUAAAAAUAUCUCCAAAACCAAGAGCUGGCAAUCAUUUUUCCAAUGUUUGUUUUAGAUCCCCCCCCCUGUUAUUCUAUCUGGUAUAAUCAUGUUAAUGUUUAUUCCUCCCCGGGUCACUCCCAACAUCACAACAUGCACGCGGAAUAAAAAGCAUAUACACUACUGUAAAGUUGUUUUAUUUUUCUUUUUUCAACUAUGAGAAAUAGAUAAUGAAAUGACAUAGAAAAUGGCCUUUGUGUUUUUAUUUCUUAGUUUUAUGCUUUUGAUAGUCGAUACUACAAAUCUUUCUUGUUUUGUUGAAUUUUGUUCUUUGAAAAGUUGCAAUAUUUGCAAACGUUGUGCUUUUGUGUUAGAUGCAAAAAAAAAACAAAAACAAAAAAAAACAUGUAGUGGAGAUUACAUGUCUUAAGAAAUGAUUUCUAAUUUAUUGAAUUACUUUCUAUGAAGUCUCUAUAGAGAAAAAAAUUGAGGUUUAAUUAUUUUUAUUAAACGUAUUCUAACUAUC